GCGGGGCUUCGGCACCGCUGCGAAGACGGAGGGGGCGUGUCCUGUACCACGCCUGCGCACUCGGACUAAGAUGGCGGCGGCGGCCCGCCUGGGCUGGGGAGCUGCGGCCGCUGCCGCGGUUCUGCGAAGGCGAUUCUGUCGUGUGAUGAAUUCACAUACCAUUAAGAAACAGCCUCUGCAUCAGUUUGUCCAAAGACCACUUUUCCCACUCCCUGCAACCUUAUGUAACACAGUGAGAUACAUGUUUAUUCAAACACAAGAUACCCCAAAUCCCAACAGUUUAAAAUUUAUUCCAGGAAAACCAGUUCUUGAGACAAGGACCAUGGAUUUUCCCACACCAGCGACAGCAUUUCGCUCCCCUCUGGCAAGGCAAUUGUUUAGGAUUGAAGGAGUAAAAAGUGUCUUCUUUGGACCAGAUUUCAUCACUGUCACAAAGGAAAAUGAAGAGUUAGACUGGAAUUUACUGAAACCAGAUAUCUAUGCUACAAUUAUGGAUUUCUUUGCAUCUGGCUUACCUUUAGUUACUGAGGAAACACCUUCAGGAGAAGCAGGUAGUGUCUUGGGAUCUGAAGAUGAUGAUGAAGUUGUGGCAAUGAUUAAGGAAUUGUUAGAUACUAGAAUACGGCCAACUGUGCAGGAAGAUGGAGGAGAUGUAAUUUAUAAAGGCUUUGAAGAUGGCAUCGUACAGCUGAAACUCCAAGGUUCUUGUACCAGCUGCCCCAGUUCAAUCAUUACCCUGAAAAAUGGAAUUCAGAACAUGCUGCAGUUUUAUAUUCCAGAAGUAGAAGGCGUAGAACAGCAAUGGCAACAAAAUCCCUGAUGGCCUUCAGCCCAUCAGGCUUCAUGGCAAAGAGAAGGCUGAGAACCAUCAUAUUCAACAGGACUAAUCCCAUGAACAGGGAAAUGGACUUACAUAAGAAGACAAUGAGGGGCUUCCCUGGUGGCGCAGUGGUUAAGAAUCUGCCUGCAAAUGCAGGGAACAUGGUUUCAAGCCCUGGUCCGGGAAGAUCCCACAUGCCUCGGAGCAACUAAGUCUGUUCGCCACAACUACUGAGCCCAUGUGCCACAACUACUGAAGCCUGUGCACCUAGAGCCAGUGCUCUAGAAGCCACCACAAUGAGCCUGUGCACUGCAACAAAGAGUAGCUCCUUGCUCACCACAACUAGAGAAAAGCCCGCGCUCAGCAAUGCAGCCAAAGUAAAUAAAAUAAAUUU